CGGAGGCGGCGGCCGCCGGCUGGACGUAGGGAGCGGCGGCGGCGCCGACGGCAGAGGGAAGGGCGGACGGGGGCGGGCCUCCCUGGUGGCGCGGAGCCUGAGGAGUCCGGGAGGGGGUGGCCGGCACAGCUCUCCGGCCGGACACCUGAACUUGGGACAAGUUGCCGGAGCCGCGGGGCGCGGGCGGCGGACGGAUUGACCUUCAUAGUUAGGGAGCCAGCAGCCAGCAUGGCGUCACGCAUCGGGCUCCGCAUGCAGCUCAUGCGGGAGCAGGCGCAGCAGGAGGAGCAGCGGGAGCGCAUGCAGCAGCAGGCCGUCAUGCAUUACAUGCAGCAGCAGCAGCAGCAGCAGCUGGGGGCGCCGCCCACCCCCGCCAUCAACACCCCCGUCCACUUCCAGUCUCCGCCACCUGUGCCCGGGGAGGUGCUGAAGGUGCAGUCCUACCUGGAGAACCCCACCUCCUACCACCUGCAGCAGUCCCGGGACCAGAAGGUGCGGGAGUACCUGUCUGAGACCUACGGGAACAAGUUUGCUGCCCACAUCAGCCCUGCUCAGGGCUCCCCAAAGCCCCUGCCAGCCGCCUCCCCGGGCGUGCGGGCCGGACACGUGUUGUCGUCCUCAGCCGGCAACAGUGCUCCCAACAGCCCCAUGGCCAUGCUGCACAUCGGCUCCAACCCUGAGCGGGAGUUUGAUGUCAUCGACAACAUUAUGUGUCUGGACGAUGUCCUGGGCUUCAUCAAUCCAGAAACUCAGAUUCCCAAUACGCUGCCCCUGUCCAGCAGUCACCUAAAUGUGUACAGUGGAGACCCCCAGGUCACCACCUCCCUGGUGGGCGUCACCAGCAGCUCCUGCCCAGCCGACCUGACCCAGAAGCGAGAGCUUACAGAUGCUGAGAGCCGGGCCCUGGCCAAGGAGCGACAGAAGAAAGACAAUCACAACCUCAUUGAAAGGAGACGGAGGUUCAACAUCAAUGACCGCAUCAAGGAGCUGGGAAUGCUGAUCCCCAAGGCCAACGACUUGGAUGUGCGCUGGAACAAGGGCACCAUCCUCAAGGCCUCUGUUGAUUACAUCCGGAGGAUGCAGAAGGACCUGCAGAAGUCCCGGGAGCUGGAGAACCACUCUCGGCGCCUGGAGAUGACCAACAAGCAGCUCUGGCUCCGCAUCCAGGAGCUGGAGAUGCAGGCUCGCGUGCACGGCCUCCCCACCACCUCGCCCUCGGGCAUGAACAUGGCCGAGCUGGCCCAGCAGGUGGUGAAGCAGGAGCUACCCAGCGAGGAGGGUCCAGGGGAGGCCCUGCUGCUGGGGGCCGAGGUCCCCGACCCUGAGCCACUGCCGGCUCUGCCCCCCCAGGCCCAGCUACCCCCGCCAGCCCAGCCAGCCCAGCCACCGUCCCCAUUCCACCACCUGGACUUCAGCCACAGCCUGAGCUUUGGGGGCGGGGGCAACGAAGGGCCCCCGGGCUACCCCGAACCUCUGGGGCCAGAGCAUGGCUCCCCGUUCCCCAACCUGUCCAAGAAGGAUCUGGACCUCAUGCUCCUGGACGACUCACUGCUACCACUGGCCUCCGACCCCCUCUUCUCCACUAUGUCCCCCGAGGCCUCCAAAGCCAGCAGCCGCAGGAGCAGCUUCAGCAUGGAGGAGGGCGACGUGCUGUGACCUGGGCCACGGGGGUGGGCCUGGGGGGUGGGAGAGCCAGGGCCACCUCCCUCCCACCCUCCAGCCUGUACUUGUGUGUGAAGUAGCCCCUGCCCUGCCUCACUCCGCCCUGUAGGCCCCCUGUUUGGGCUUAGUGCCCUUGGCAGUCCGUGGGGUCGGAAGCCCCCCACCCAGGGGCAGCCCUCUUGAUGGGGCUGGGCAGGAAUAGGCCUUCAGCCCGGCUCCCAGAGGUGAAAUCAUGAGGGCGAGGGAGGAUACAGGGUGUGCUGGAGGUAAGACGAGGUCCUACCUUCUGAGCCUGGUCCCCCCCACUGAUGAAGGAGGACUCGUUGGAACCAGGGGUCCAGAAGUUCCUUCUUGGAGGCAGUGACUGGUCCAGGGGGUGCCCAGGCCUGCCUUUCUGGACUCUGAUGGCAACAAGCCCGUCCUCCAGCCUGGCACUCCCCCCACCCCCCUUUGGUGCUAACAGCUCUCCACCAAGUGGUGUGAGGGCGGGGGUGGCCAGAAGAGGAGGCGCUGGGUUCAAGUUAGAGUGGGGUCACUGCUGGAAGAGCAGCUCCCCUCCAGGCUCCCCACUUUGUGCCUUUAGUAAACACUGUGCUUUGUA